UGUUUUGUUCAAAAACUCAAAACAGCUGAAAAAUGAUCAGUCUUCAGCUUUUAGAAUUUCAGAAUAUUGCGACAAAUUUAUCGGUCUGUUUCUGUUUUGAUCAUGAGUUUUAAAAUUUGGUUUCAAAAUACGGUCUAAUGAAGUUCAAUACAAUUCUUCAUUGCUGUUAAUAAAAUAACAUUAUUCUAUCUUAUAAAUAAUUUUCAUAUAACUUGAAGAUGCUGUAUUGUCCAGAAGGCAUAUCUCUAAUCCAGAUCUGGCUGAAUCAUGGCAUCUCGGAGUGCUUUGCAGCCACGCUCUCCUCCUACCUCCUUGGAGUUUAUAUUCUACUAUUUGGAACCAUGCAAGUUUGGAUGUACAAAAGGUAUGGAACUCUGGCUUCCGCUCCGCUGCACCAAUCAACGCUCUACUAUCUCCAGUUCUUUCUCUGCUUUUUACUCAGUGCGUUGGCAUUGAGCAGAUUUCUAUUGCAGGUUUUAUUACUGAAUCCAGGCGCUAUUUAUGGAUAUAUGUUGAUUUGGACCAGUGUCAGUGUUCUCAUCUAUCCAUAUUCGGCUGUGCUGAUCUGGCUUGAAUGCAACUACCAUCUUCCUUCUGUGCCACCCAAGGGUCAUGGCAUAAUCUUGCUUGUCUUUUGGACGCUGAAUUUUAUCACAGAGAAUCUAACUUUGUUGAACUUGGCUCGACAUGACUGGUGGUUUCAUCCAACAAAACUAUCGGACAAAAUAGAGAUGGCCUUAUUUGUGGGAAGAUACGUCACCUGCUUACUGCUGUUUGUUCUUGGACUUCGAGCACCUGGUAUUACCACGAGGGAUUACUUCAAUGCGCAUGAGUAUACCAACCGAAUUCUGCCUCCUAACAGAAGUAACUCACAAAGAUCUUCUUCGUGGCUGGGAAAUGCAUAUCAUCAUAUGUCCGUAUUACUUCCAUUCCUUUGGCCAAAGAAGAGUACUGUCCUACAAAUCAAGCUGAUUAUUUGCAUAUUGCUGCUAUUUAUUGCGCGAAUAAUAAACGUAUUUGUUCCUCUCUACAGUAAAUACAUUGUCGAUAGCUUGAAGACAGUGCCUCUGACAUUCAGAUGGGAUCUGGUUGUAACCUUUGUUGGAAUGAAGUUCCUUCAAGGUCAGGGCACCGGAGGAAUGGGACUCUUGAAUAAUCUGAGGUCGUACCUCUGGCUCGCAAUUCAGCAGUAUACAUCUAGAGAAGUGCAGGUGAGUCUGUUUGCUCACCUGCAUAGUCUGAGCUUGAACUGGCAUCUGAAGCGGAAAACUGGUGAGGUGCUAAGAAUAAUGGACAGAGGAACUGACAGCAUCAACAGCCUGCUGAGCUCCCUGUUCUUCAGUAUCAUUCCGACUCUGAUUGAUAUUAUCAUCGCUGUCAUUUUCUUCGCCACAUUCUUCAACUCUUGGUUUGGUGCUAUUGUAUUCACCACCAUGGCGCUGUAUCUAGCUUUCACAGUCAUCAUCACUGAAUGGAGAACCAAGUUUCAGCGUAGCAUGAAUCUGGCUGAUAAUGCCUGCAAGGGAAGGAGUGUGGACUCGCUUCUGAACUUUGAAACAGUCAAGUACUAUGGCGCUGAAGCAUAUGAGGUGGAGGCCUACAGAGAGUCAAUCCUUCAAUACCAGGAAGAAGAAUGGAAGAGUGUUGUGUCACUGCAACUUUUGAAUACGUUGCAAAACACUGUAAUAUCAGGAGGACUGCUGGUGGGAUCAUUGUUCUGUGUCUACUUGGUCACAAUAAAACAGGAGCUGACGGCUGGUGACUAUGUUCUUUUUGCGUCCUAUUUGAUUCAGCUCUAUGUUCCUUUGAACUGGUUUGGAACGUAUUAUAGAGUAAUUCAGAAGAACUUUGUUGAUAUGGAAAACAUGUUGGACUUGUUGUCGGAAGAAGCUGAGAUUCUGGAUGCGCCUGGAGCAAUGCCAUUGGCAAUCACGAAGGGAGCGGUCGAGUUCAGAAAUGUUUCCUUUGCUUACACUGAGGAAAGACUGAUCCUCCGAAACAUUUCAUUCACUGUACCACCUGGAAAAACAGUUGCCUUGGUUGGUCCUUCAGGAAGUGGAAAGAGCACCAUAAUUCGUCUUCUUUUCCGUUUCUACGAUGUGGACCAGGGCGCCAUUCUGGUGGAUGGGCAAAACACGAAAACAGUGAGGCAGUCAUCUCUCCGAAGAGCAAUUGGCGUUGUGCCCCAAGAUACGGUUCUCUUCAAUAAUACAAUCAAAUUCAACAUCCAGUAUGGCAGGGUGGCCGCCCCUGAUGCUGACAUCAUUGAAGCUGCCAGAUCAGCUGACAUCCAUGAGAGGAUCCUCACAUUCCCCGAAGGAUACAACACACAGGUCGGUGAGAGGGGAUUGAAACUGAGUGGCGGGGAGAAGCAGCGGGUUGCAAUAGCGAGAACCAUUCUCAAAUCGCCAAUCGUUGUGUUGCUAGAUGAGGCCACCAGUGCGCUCGACACCCAAACUGAGCGCAACAUCCAGUCUGCAUUGUCUCGAGUCUGUGCGAACAGAACCACCAUAAUAGUUGCGCAUAGGCUCUCCACAAUAAUCCAUGCCGAUGAGAUUCUAGUCCUCAAAGAUGGAGAAAUCGUAGAGAGAGGAAGACACGAAGAGCUGCUGAACUUUGGUGGCAUGUACCACUCGAUGUGGGAGGCUCAGCUGAAGAACGACGACAUCCAAGCUGACAGUGACCAGGUGAAUGCUGCAGGCGACACGGAUCAAAGCUAAACGCACUUCCAGGAUCAAUCAACAUUUUUAGCCUCUCCCGAUAAUCGUAUUAGAUAUUUUUUAUUUUUUAUUCAUAUUUUAAUAUUGUUGUAUUUCAUAUCAAUGUUGAAUGCAUGAAGGUGAUGUUAAUGAUAAGUGAAUUAUAAUUAGUCAAGCAAACGAUAAUUUUAUGCUAUGAAAAUAUCAUGCUUAUUAUUCCCUUGAACGUUGAUCGAAGUAAUCCAUCAGUUCAUAAAAGAAGCGUGAUUAAUAUAUGAAAGAUGUAAAAUAUUUUUGGGAUUUGUUGGAAAUACUCUACCCUGAAUAGCAAUGACUUGUUGGUGUAUUCUAAAUGUUGUAUUAUAUUAGUUCCUAAUAAAACCCGAGUUUUAUAUAAAGAA